CGGCGGUAGGAGGGUCUACUGUCUAGGUUAGUUUGUUUUGGCAGCAAGCAACAUUACACACUUUAGUUGAAGCUAAAAUCAGCCGGAUUUACAAUCAUAUUUUACAACAGCAAAGAUGUCAUCGCCACUGUCAAAGCCUCAGAUUAUUGCGCACAUCCAGAAGAGUUUGAACUACACGGUGUUUGACACUAAAUGGAUUCCUUGCAGCGCAAAGUUUGUCUGCCUCGGGAACUUUCCUAGAGGAACCGGAGUAAUGCAAAUUUAUGAAGUGCAGCACGGGGAGGCUCAACUUAUCAAGGAGGUGGAGAAACCCAAACCCAUAAAGUGUGGGACAUUUGGGGCCACUUCUCUUCAACAAAGACACAUAGCAACAGGGGAUUUUGAAGGAAAUCUCAAUAUAUGGAAUCUGGAGAUGCCAGAAGUGCCAGUGUACUCUGUAAGGGCCCAUAAAGAGAUUGUGAACAGCCUCGAUGCAGUUGGUGGUCUUGGGAUUGGCGAUGGCGCACCUGAGAUAGUAACUGGAAGCAGAGAUGGGACAGUAAAGGUGUGGGAUCCAAGACAGAAGGAUUCACCUGUGGCCAACAUGGAGCCAGUGGAAGGAGAAACCAAGAGGGACUGCUGGACUGUCGCAUUUGGUCAUGCCUUCAAUGAUCAGGACCGCUGUGUGUGUGCUGGCUACGACAACGGGGACAUCAAACUCUUUGACCUGAGGAAUAUGUCUCUACGGUGGGAAACCAACAUAAAAAAUGGGGUAUGCGCUGUGGAGUUUGACAGGAAAGACAUCAACAUGAACAAGCUGGUCGCCACCUCACUGGAGGGAAAAUUCCAUGUUUUUGACAUGAGAACCCAGCACCCCACCAAGGGCUUCGCCUCUGUUUCCGAAAAGGCUCACAAGUCCACCAUCUGGCAGGUGAAGCAUUUGCCCCAAAACAGAGAUAUCUUUAUGACUGCUGGAGGAGCAGGCAACCUACAUCUAUGGAAAUACGAGUAUCCCGCUCAAAGAAGCAAAAAGGACUCAGAUGGCAUGGAUGUGGGUGAAGCUGGCUCCGUCAACCUCUUACAGAAUGUCACUGUGUCUACUCAGCCAAUUGCCAGCCUGGACUGGAGCCCCGACAAGCAGGGCCUGUGUGUGUGUUCGGGCUUCGACCAGUCUGUUCGGGUGCUCAUUGUCACCAAACUGAACACGGUGUGAAAAAGUAGACCACAACAAAGACUGUCGAUGAAGAAGAUCUGUGCAGCCUAAGGAGAAAUGAGACACAACUGCAGAGAUGCACCAAUAGUGUAUAAUUCACUGCCCUUUUGUGGUGUUGGGGUGUCUUUAUUAGAACAUUUGACAACUUCCUGAUGUAGGGUUUGGCAGCUGUCUGUCCAGCUUUUGUAAAUUUGAUAGUCAUCUUUAGACGUAUUUUAACAGAAAUCAAUUUAAGUCAAAUAAAGGAUGAGAUCUGUUGUUGUAGUUAAGUUAAAUGGUAUCUGAGUAAUAUAUGAAGCUGGGACGAUCCAUGCAGAGAGUAUGGUACAGUGAUGCAAAGAAAGACCCUAUAACACAUUAAUACACAUAAAGAAAUGACUGAUCCAGCCUCUGGCUUUGAUUAAGAAAGCCAGAUUUCAUUUCUUUACCUAUUUCCAUUUUCUUACAUGCUUAUUGGAACACCUGUUUUUGUUGCACUUUUGGUGAACUCUGGUUUUGAUACAUCAUUUUUAUUGAGAACUGUCUGUUUCAAAUUAAAUAUGCCUUUGGAGAAAAUGAAAAACAA